AUUUCUAUUUAAUUUUGGUUAGGAUUAUGUGCAUUCCCAAGGCAGAUCAUCGAAUGUUCGUACAGUUAUAAUGACAGAAGGUCAUGAAACUGUUGACUUUAAGCUUCAUUUUCAGCAUUGGCCCACACUUGUUGAGAUGAAGUUAUAUGAUGCUGGGCGAGAGAAAGUGGCAGCUAUUUUCAAGCAUCAGGGCUACGAUGUCACAGAAAUUCCAGAGGAUAAACCUCAGCAGCUCAUCAGUUAUAAUGGCACUCUGAAUGUUUGGCUGGUGGACUGUGGUUGUACAAGCCUCCUUAGCACUGAGGAGCAGGAGAAACUGUACAGUGGAGACUGUUAUAUUGUACAGUACAGCUAUGUUGAAGAUGGAAAAGACUACCAUUUGUUCUUUGCUUGGUAUGGUAAGGACAGUGUAAAGGAAGAUAGUGUGGCCACAGCGUCACUGAUGUCUAGCCUGGCCAAUUCAGUCAAAGGGCAUCCAGUUGUGGCACAAGUGUUUGACGGCAGAGAACCAGAACUGUUCUUCUCAAUCUUCAAGUCGCUGAUCAUAUUCAAGGGGGGCAGGAGUGCUGGACAUAAGAAUCAUGUUGUACAGAAAAGCGAUAGAAAUGGAUGUCAUCAGAAGGAUGAGGUCGCCCUAUUCCGUGUUCAAGUGCUCAGACAUGAUUGUGUGCAAGCCAUUGAAGUUGAUCUGGUUGCGAGUUCACUUAAUUCUUCGCACUGUUAUAUUUUGCAAGAUGGCGGUUCUUUCUUUACCUGGUUAGGAAGCCUCUCUUCGCCAAGCGACCAUAAUAUGUUUGACAGGAUGAUGAACAAGUUGUGUCCAUUCAAACAGUCCCUGCUAGUCAGAGAAGGCUCUGAACCGGAUGACUUCUGGAAAGCGUUAGGUGGACGAUCGGAAUACUCCAAAGAAAAGCGUGUCAAGAGUUGGCCUACAGAUCCACAUCUGUAUGCUUGCAGAUUUGAACAAGGUUUGCUCAAGGUCAAGGAGGUAUUCAGCUUCUGUCAGGAUGACCUGGCAACUGAAGAGACAUUGAUACUGGACUGCAAGAAUGAAAUCUACGUUUGGGUUGGACUCCACUCAGAUGUUACAUCCAAGGAGCAAGCACUUAAUAUUGGCAAGAUGUUCCUUCAGGAUGGCAUUCUUCACGACAGAAGGUCAAUUGAGACAACAGUGUAUAUUAUCACAGAAGGGGAUGAACCAGCAUUUUUUACUGACUUCUUCAAGUGGGACAGUUCAAAGCAAUCAUCUAUGGUAGGUAACUCAUUCGAGAGGAAGCUGGCGCUCCUGAAAGGGUUGUCACCAAAACUAGAGACGCCGGACAGGAGCAUGCGCAGGCCGUCGCCGAGGAGGCCCGGAGUGUCGUCGGAGCCAUCCACACCGGAGCACCAGCAGCAGCAACCAACAGCGGCGAGGAGGGCAUUCGGCUCCGCCUCUGCAUCAGGAAGGUUUGCCAGGGAGCGCUCACCAGCUGCAGCACUGGCAGCCUCACCACCAACCCCGUCGCCCAAGAGCCGCUCCUCGUCCUCGACGUCGACGCCUACCGCGGUGGCACGGCGGCUCUUCCCCGCCUCCCUGCACGCGUCGGAGGCCGUGCACGUGCUCUCCAACGGCACAGCUCGGCGACGGUGAUGGUGAGAGCUACCGGUGGCUGUUCAGUCGGCACAGCUCAAGUUGAUGGGAGCUAGUAACGUGCAAUUUGAACUUUGGAGCAAUUUGAGCGUAUGAAAACAUUGUAGUACAACAUGCUUAUUUGCAAUAGCAAUAACAAAUAGAGGAAGUAUGUAAUAAGUCCUAAUGAUCUGGUAAAAAAAAAGGUUGCAUCUA